AUGGCCGACACGCAGAUGACUUCCGCCGCCAAGUACGCCUUGCGCAAGAUGGUCGAGAAGCUCCGAGCUGACGGUGUGACCCUGAAGGAGAUGCACACGGAGCUCCGAGCUGUCUUUCCCAAGAUCACCUUCACAGAUGUCUGCAACGAGCUGCUUUCGUCCUCCCUCGCUCAGCCCCAGAGCACGAAUCAUACAACCUUCGUCCGCUCUGCUGCUGGCCACCACCCCGCCAGUGUUGAGCAGUACUUCAACAACAACACUGCUGACAAUGAGACUGAUGGGCUGUGGGACAUGACCAACACGCGGGACAUGUAUCUCCCGUCCGAGAAGGGCAGUACUUGCCUCUCUGACAACGAGUGGUACCAGAACUCGGACUACGCCUCCCUCGCGCCUUCGGACAGCGCCAGCUGCAUUGUUACAAAGACGGCCAGGGUCCAGCGCAUGAAUGAGACCAUCAAAUACGGCACUACCAUGUUCAUUGAGCUGAACAUGGAACCAGUCAUCAAGAGGAAUGGAGAGGAGAACUUCUUUGGCCUUACUCCCUUCUACGACCUGGAGGCUGAGGGUUGCGAGCCCACAUGCCGCUGCUACGAGUGCUAG